AUGGGUCUCACCUCCCAAGUGAUCCCUCCUCUGUUCUGCCUACUAGCAUGUGCCACCAACUUGGUCCGGGGACACAGAUGCGGCGUCGUCCUAACCGAGAGCAUCAAGGCUGCCAACAUCCUCACAGAGAGCAAGACUCCGUGCACCAACCUGACCGUGGCAGACGUCUUUGCUGCCCCCAAGAACACAUCUGAGAACGAAAUCCUCUGCAGGGCCGCCACGGCGCUGCGGCAAUUCUACGGCCACCACCAGAACGAGGUCUGCAGGGGCGCAGCCGCACCACAGCGGUUCCACAGCCACCAGCACGUGGUCAGACUCCUGAAAGGACUGGACAGGAACCUCUGCAGCAUGGCACACGCGAGCCUCUGUCCUGUGCCUGGAGCCAAGCAGAGUACCCUGAAAGACUUCUUGGAAAGGCUAAAGACCAUCAUGAAAGAGAAAUAUGCAAAGUGUCGGAGCUGA